GUACGUUGAGGAUGCCUUCACAAAGACUGCAUACGCAGACGCACGAUGGGCGAGACAGUCACCAAGGUGAGCGGCGCGGCGGCGCUGAAGCUGCAACGGGAGCGCAGCUCUACCUACCAGCAGUGGACGUCGCAGUUCCACCGCGCGCUCGCUGGCGCCAUCACGCCCGACGAACUGCACCGCAACAUCCAGGGCGUUGUCCUCCCCGAGCUUCAGCGCGUCAGCACGGCCUUGCGCGCCCUGCAGAGGUCUCUGACGGAGCAGAUGGGUGGUGAUGGGGUGCCCAAUCCAGCCACCGCAUCUGCCGCAGAGAACCGCGUGGCGGACAACCAACACAGCAGAGAGAGAAACUUAGCUGAGUGGAUCGACCAGCUGCAGAGUCUGGAGCGAGAACACUACGGGGUCACGCUCGCCUUGGCAAGUCAGCUGGUGGAUCACUGCACGCCGAACGUUCUCUCUGCCCUUCCGCUGACAGGCGAAAAGGAGGAGAUGCAGUCGCAGGGUUUGCCAGCGAAGGCGACGGAGCUGUCAGGUGAAGUCGUCCCCGCGGACGUUAAAUCGCUCUUUAAGCCUGAGGACUCUGAGGACGAAGACAGCAAUGAAGAAAUUGAAUGGAGGGGGAAGCGCCCCGCUGGUCCUCCUCCGGCGCCCGCACCUGCAGCCGAGGCAGACGCCGCUGAGAAGCAGACGGCAGUACCGGCAACGUUGUGCGUGCACGACGGCGGACGAUGUGCGUUGCUGCGCCUCAUUCCCCCUCUCUUUCAAACGCACCUGUUUUUUGUGGAUUGCAAGGAGGGGGUGGACGAGUUAGGCGGUGCGUCGAGCUCGUCUUCUGCGUCGUUGUCACCUCAUGACGGCGACGACGGCGCGGAGAGCCUGGCGUUGCCUGUGUACGGGAAAAGGGAGAGCGGCAGGGCAGCAGGAAACGGCCAGCGAGGCACGCCGAUCGCCUAUUACGUGCCGUCGGUUGUCUCCCACCGCUGCGUGGGUUGGUCGCGUACGGUGGAGCCCAUCGUGCGCCGCCAAGACGCACUUCGCACCGCCAUCGAAGACAUGUGUGAGGAGCUGCAGAACGAAGUCAGCGACCUGUGA